AUGUUGGAUGGUAGACCCGGAGUAAUAACGGGCCCAACCUGGUUGAAACAAGUCUACGCGCAAGCCGCUGGCAAUAUCACCACCGUCGAUAAUUUGGCCCGCGGCUUGGCAAGUUCGACGACUGCGGGCAUGCGCAACAAGCCAUACGACGGCCUCGACGACAAGCGAAUAGCAGAAAUUCAUUCAGGCCUGAGAGCAGUAGUGGGUGUGACCCUUAUCACCGACACAUGUGUCUACGUUCAUUGGCUCUGGGUCGUAAAUCCAGUUGCACUCCUAGUGCUUCAAUGGACAUUCUGCGCUCUGGUGCUGGUGAACCGACGUUCUAGCCCUAGUAAUGGCGGACAGCAAUAUAUGGCAUGGAAUUCAUCGCCUCUGACGCUCUUGUUCAACGGAUUGGACGGGGAUCUUUCCAAAAGGCAUGAGGUUUAUAUACGCUGA